UGGUGGAAAAUUUAACACUUUCUAAUAUAUAUUAUUUUUUAUUGCGCCAUUAAAAUAUCGUUUUAUAAGACCAUGUUAAAAACUCUAUGAUGGCUGAGGCAAGAAAAUAUGACUUUAAUUAUGAAAUAGGGGGAGAUAAAUUGAUUAAAAAGACAAUAAAUAACAAUGAAGGCGACAUUAAUUUACCGAUACAUUUAGCUCGAAUAACCAAAGAACAGUGUAAAAAAUUAUAUGAGCAACACCCGUUAAAUAGUGCAAAGAGGACUUCUCCAAUUCACGAUAACAAAAAAAAUUUCCAAUAUUUCCCUUACUCAAAAUACAAUAACAUCAGUAGUCGUUAUAGCGGCUUGAGCCCCAACGAUACCUACCUGAGAAACUUUUGGAAAAAAUAUUAUUUAGAUUAUCAAAGUUUUAGCAGAAAUUAUUUUCCCGUGUACAAUUAUCAAAACGUGCCCGAAAUGAAAGAAGAAAAUAAUUUUAUUAAUACUAUAAAAUCUUCAAAUUUUUUAUUUUACCCGACAAAAGAUGAAACUAUUACCCGGAAACUAACCUCUAAAACUAACAAAUAUAAUAAGUGCUACGUCGAUAACAUUUCUAUCGGAAAUGUUAAAGAUUACUCUCCGCAAAAGAAAGUAAGAGCCCCUAAAUGCGCGAGAUGCAGAAAUCACGGCCAAAUUUCCUUGCUAAAAGGUCACAAAAGGUAUUGCAAAUGGAAGGACUGCGAGUGUAACAAUUGUUUGUUGGUGGCUGAACGACAGAGGGUAAUGGCCGCUCAAGUGGCUCACAGGAGGCAACAGCAAUUGGAAGAGUCGAGGAAAAGGGAUGAGAAAUGCGAGUCAUUUUGUAACAUCAAUCAUAUUGACGGUGAUGAAAGUUCGCUUGCGUUUUUGCCAUCAAUGCAACAGGGAAUAAAUAAUAAACUAGACGAUAACAAUGAAUUAUAUUCUAAUAAUUUUAAUGUUGGUUUGGCUCUGACUGAUCGCAUAAAUGAGUACGAUAUAUCAUAUAAAAAAUAUGACAGACAUUUUAUUACACAAUUAGAUUUCCCGAAAUAUUUGAGUUUAAGUAAUGACAAUCCUACCGAAAAUAUUGUUCGAUGCAGUAAAAAUGACAAUAAAUUAUUUCACAGUCGUUCUCAAGCUAAUUUGAUAUUUACUCAUAAUGAGGAGGACAGUAAUUCGCUGAUUCUAUCUUCACCGAUUCUUGCAAAAGAUGACAAAAUCAUAGAUGAGAACGACGAAUAUAAUGCGAUUGCGCUAAGGGAUAGAACAAUAGGAACCCGUAAUAAAACGAUUAUAGUUGAAAGCAAGGACAAAGCAUGCAAAUCUAUGAACCUAUCUUUGCCAAUAUCUAGUUUUAUUCCACGUAAGAGCUAUGGGCAAAAUACAUCAGAAAUAAAAGAAAAUAACUAUGAAAAUUAUUAUGUCAAUCAGAACAAAAUUGAAAAUUUGUUAAGCAAUAAUAACAAAAAUGGUAAUGUUAUUAAAUCAACGAACGAAGACGAGAAAUUGAUCGAAAUGAUAGGACCUAUAUCGCCUGAUUCCUUUCGAAGCAUAGUUAAAGCUUUACUCAAAUGCUGUGAUCAAGAUAUUGACAUGGCAUAUUCUAAAUACCUUCAAGUAUCACAAGAAAUCAAUUAAUGGCGAUUCAAAUGUCUCAAGUAAACAUUCCUAAUUAGAAAUUAACUUAGAGGUGUG